AGUCAGUUGAGGCAAUUCAGUUUGGAGUGGAAUUGGGUUCUGAACUCAGUUCAGGAGACUGAGUUCAGUGGAGGACUGGAACCCAGCUUGAAGACGGUCUCAUGGUAUAAAGAUGACAACUGUAACUGACUGUCCAGAAGUGGCCUGUACCCCAGAAGUGGACUGUAAUUAUGCAAGCACUAUGAAGAAAGAACUUAGAAAUGAUGCAUACUGCUUAAAUGGUAAAACAGCAUCGAAGGUUGAUAAUCCCACAUGUUACAACUUGAAAAAUUCUCAAAACAAAACUCUCAUCUUCUUAGAAGACAAAAGAAUGGCUAAAUUUGAGGAGAUGACUGAUAAUCAAGUUCCUGGAAAUGAACCCUGGACUCAAUUUAUGAUAAAGAGUUAUUCUCGUUUUAAACUAAACCUAGUAGCCAUCUAUGUGAAGGGUAAAUCCAACAAUUACAUUUUAUCCUGUGAAAGCAAUAAAAAACUUCAAUUUAAGGAUGGUGAACCUCCAGAAAAGAUUGAAGACAAGGACAAGGACAUCUGGUUCAUAAGGAAAAACCCAGAAGGCUCUCGAAAGACACAAUUCGAGUCUUUUGUGUAUAGAGAACACUACCUGGCGUGUGACAACAACAAUGAGCUGGUUUUAAAGGAGCUCGACAGUGACAUAACAUCUACAACGUUCACUAUGAAUAAGUGUGGGAUAAAGAAAUAUGUCCAGGGCUUUAGACCUAGAUGAGACCUUAAAAAUAAUGGUACCUCAUUGUGGUUCUUAACAACCAAAAACCAAAUCAAAUAACAUUUAGUUAAAAAAAAUAUUAUUCAAUAAAAAACCUUCUAAGGAAAGUGGGUCACAAUAAAUGGAAUAUAUGUUAAGAUCUCUAUAAAAGAACCAUAAGAUGUAUUUAAUUACAAUAAAUG